AUGCUUGAAAAAAAGUCUCUUCACCCCUCUCUCAAAGAAAAAAAAAGCUUAUCAAGCGUACUCGGUAACUUUCCCAGCAUAUACACACCCACGAAUAAACCCAUCUCCGUCAGCACCCGCAAGCUUUCCAAAAACAGGGUCUGGGUAUUACAUGGACACUCAGUCUUGCGUUGCGCGCGUAAGAAGGGGAUUGUCAGAUGCCUAGAUCCAGUAAGCAAAACAGAGACGUCAUCAGUGUCAGCAAAAAAGUCUGGGUCGUAUAUGCCUCUCUCCCCGCCACGAUUACUACGGGCCAAAAAAAAUGUAGGCGGGGUUAAACGAUAG